CCCCCAACCAACUCGACUCGCCAAUGCCCACCGCCGCCACCACCACUCCGGCCCCGCUGCUCGACAUGCCGCUGUCGAACAAUGGCGCGAGGCGGCGCCUGCUGCUGUGCGCCAACUACGCCGCGCUGCUCGGCGGCUCAGUGGCGUCCAGCCUGCUGUCCCGGUACUACUUCGCGCACGGCGGGCGCGACCGCUGGGUGGCCACGCUAGUACAGUCGGUCGGCUUCCCGGUUCUGAUCGUGCCCGUCUACGCCGGCCGCCCCGCCACGCAGCCCCGUCCGUUCGCGUGGUUCACUCGGCGGAUGCUGGCGGUGUGCGUGGUCAUCGGCGUGCUCAUGGGGGUCAACAACCUGCUCAUCUCCUACAGCUCGUCGUACCUGCCCGUGUCCACCUCGUCGCUGUUGCUGUCUACGCAGCUGGCCUUCACGCUCGUGCUCGCCGCCGUCAUCGUGCGCCACCCGCUCACCUUCUCCAACAUCAAUGCCGUCGUGCUCCUCACGCUCAGCGCCGUGCUGCUCGCGCUCCGCUCGUGCGACUCGGGCGAGCGCCCCGAUGGCGGGAGCAGGGCGAGGUACUUCUUGGGCUUCGCGGUCACGCUCGGCGCCGCGGGGCUCUUCGCCGCCUACCUGCCGGUGAUGGAGCUGGUGUACCGCAGGACCGUGUCCGGGGGGUUCCGCAUGGUGGUGGAGGUGCAGGUGAUCAUGCAGGCCGCGGCGACGGCGCUGGCGGUGGCCGGGCUGGCCGCGGCCGGCGAGGGGCGGGAGGAGCUGGCGCGGUGGCACCUGUCGCCGGCCGCGUACUGGGCGGUGGUCGCCGCGCUGGUGGUGACGUGGCAGACCUGCUUCAUGGGCACCGCUGGGAUGGUGUACCUCACGUCGUCGCUGCACAGCGGCGUGUGCAUGACCGCCGUGCUGACCGCCAACGUGAUCGGCGGCGUGGUCGUGUUCCACGACCCGUUCGGCUGGGAGAAGGCCAUUGCCACCGUGCUCUGCGUCUGGGGCUUCUCCUCCUACUUGUACGGUGAGUACAGCACGCAGCAGAAGACGCAGGAAGGCGAUGCCAAGGUGGCGGCCGCGUCCAACGGUGGCGGCGCGCACAAGAGCGUUACAAGUGGCGCGGGAGGAGGAGGAGGUGCAAUGGAAACCGUUUGAGCUACCCUUUCUUUUUUCCCCCUUCUAGAGCACAUAAUAAUAUAUGAAGCAUGUGAAACAUGGAAAUGCUAAGAGAAGGAGAGUAUAGUGGGAGAAGAAUCAUGAAUGGUACAUCCUAUGGGUCUAGUUGCACAAUGCAUGACACAUAAACUAGGCAUGCAUGGCACAAGAGACAAACGUAUAUAUGCUGUUUACAUCGUACGUACGUGUGGAACGGUCCAUGAUAGAGAGAGAGACAGAGGUUUUGUGGUUGUGGUUUGGUGGUUAGUUGUUUGCAAGGUUUAAGGUUUAGUGUAACUGUGGACGGAUGAAUGGAGUGGUAGGUCAUAUAAACAUGUUACACCUACUGCUCCUAUGGUGUAGUAUAACAUGUGUUGAUCAACUUAAUU